ACGACGUGAGGAUAUUCGAAGGUCGCCGUUUUUUUUUUUUAUAGUUUGCGUAAGUUUUAAAAGAUCCAAGGAAGAUCGAGCGGUCUACCUUCGAAUAGAUAAACCUAGUGGCCACGGAUAAACCGACAUUUCGCAACGUCGCCAGGUCGAGAUGCCGGAUUCGCGCGGUCGACUACCGACCAACUUCCGCGCUUGGUGUUAAAAACACGUAAUAAUUUCGUGUUUACAUACGCGCCAGACAUCGUCGAUAGUGGACGUGAGUCUGCACACCCGAAAAAUCAGGAUAUUUUUCUGGAUAAUUACAGAAUUCGCUUUCUGAGUCGGUUGGCGUACGUCUUAAAUGACGUUCGGACGGAAGGAAAAAGUUUCUGUGAAGGAAACGACAUUCCCGUUGCGUUUUGUGGAUGAAGUGGACGACGACGAGAGAUGUUCGUAAUAUUUAAUGAAAUUGGUGCUCAUCUAAUAAAAGGAAAAAUUAUCUCCGGUCACUCCUCACUUUACUAACAAAAUAUUUUUGUAUAAUAAGUACCGUCAAUGCGUGAGAAUGGCGGAUGGAAUUUUUAGAGAUUUUCAACUGGCUGUAAAACUAAUCAUUUUAUAUAUAAGAUGGCAGAGAUGAAUAAGAGAAAUAGCCCACGAAACAAUAUAGCUGCAAAAUUUCAAAAUGUGUCUUUGGAAGCAUUACCACCAAUUGGUGUUUUUUGGGAUAUUGAAAAUUGUCAGGUUCCCAAGGGGAAAUCGGUUAUAGCUCUUGUCCAGGCUAUAAGAGAGAGAUUUUUUCGUGGACAUAGAGAAGCAGAAUUUUUGUGUGUCUGUGAUAUUAAUAAAGAAAAUAAAGAAGUUAUCCAAGAACUCAAUUUGGCACAAGUUACAGUUGUACAUAUCAAUGCCACAAGCAAAAAUGCAGCUGAUGAUAAAUUAAAACAAUGCAUGAGAAGAUUUGUGGAUACACAUGGUAUGCCUGCAACAAUUUUAUUAAUAUCUGGUGAUGUAAAUUUUGCUACACAUUUAUCUGAUUUUCAUCACAGAGAUAAUAUUCAUAUUAUAUUGCUACAUCCCAAUCAUACACCCGAACCUCUUCUAGUCUGUGCUCAUGAGCAUUUUUAUUUUCAUGAAUUAACCAUAAAUCUUCCGACUCGAAAUUCUUCAAAGGUAAGAUACAUAACAUUUGAUGAAUCUGGACACAUUCUCAUAUUUUUUUAUGUUGUAUAUACUGACUUAAUAAAUAAAGAAAAGCUGUUAUACAAUGAAUACUAUUUAAAUUUAUUACAAUGUAAUAAUUAUAUUCUGAAUUCAAAUUUUCAACUGACAAGGAGACCACCAGUGAUGGCCUUCUCUGAUUUUACGCAGUUUGAUAUAUAUCAUAGUACUACCCUUCUAAUAAUUUACAGUAAAGUCACUCAAUAUAAAAAAUACACCCUACAUAAUGAACUUAACACAGUCAGAGGGUGGCCAUCUCUGGUGGUCUCCCUAGCAAAGAAGCGGAUGGAUAGAGAAGACGUAUUUGGAAAAAAGAUAACUGUAUCAUAUUUUCAGUCAUCAACCAGUGGAGAUGAAUGUGCAGAUUAUAACAGUCAGAAACAAUAUCAAAACAGACAGAAAAUGUACAAAAACAGAAGACAUUGUGUUAGUUCAAGUAGUAGUUGCAAUUCUUCACCUGUUAGUCAAACUGGAAUAGAUAAUGAAGCAAUGGAAUGUGUAAAUACUCAAAAUGACUUGCCAAUAUUAAAAACAAAAGUUGAGUUUCCUCCACCACCAAAUAUAAUGGAAGAUAGUGCUUCAAGGAAAAAUGUUGAUAAAUGUUCAGAAAGAAUUGCAUCUGAAAGAAGUGAUAAAUUGAAUUCUUUAGUGUGUGACACUCAGGAUUCUAAAAGUUUCAAGUGGUCUUCGUAUCAAGAUCAAAACAUCAAUGAUAUUUCACCUGCUUCACAAGCAAAUGGUGUGUCUGAAACAGGAAACAGAUUAUCUCAAAAAAAUGUUGGAAGAGUGUCUCCAUUUUUAAUGGUAGAUUGUACCUCUAAAUCUGGAUUUCAGUUUUCAUCUAUCUCAAGAUCAGAUUCUAAUAUUUAUAAUUCACAAAAUACAAUAGUUGAUAAUUAUAACGUUUCUACCAGUUCCAUAACAAACAAUUUUAAUAAUUAUAACUCUAAUUCUCCAAUAUUUUUUAGCCCGUUUUCUAAUAAUUCAGAUUAUCAAAAUCAAAUGGGUUGGCAUUCACCCACUCUUUCUCUGGGUGACAGUGCUCAUCCAGUUGGAAGAGCGAGUCCAAUUGUAUCUUCAACAUCAUCAUCACCUGUUGAAUUGCUGGUAACCAAUCUGGAUCAAAAUAUUGAAGCUAAUGAAAUGAAGAAAAUUUUACUUUCUGUUUUUCGUGAGCAUAUCAUGGUGUUGCAUAUAUCGAUGCUUUUACAGCCAGAUGGAAGUUUAAAAGCUGUUGUUAAAGUUCCAUCACUUCAGGAUGCCCAAUAUGCUAUAUCACAAUUGCAUAGACGCAAAAUUGGUUUCAAGAGAUUGUUGAUUUCUUAUGUUGCCACUGAUCGAUCACCUCCAUUAUACAUUCUUAGAUCUGAAGUGGUUGCUCUUUUAAUGGAUAUACCAUCAAAAAGAUUGCCUCUUUUUAAAUUCAGAGAGAUUUUUGAAAGAAGAUAUCAUCGAAGUAUAAGUGUUUCUGAACUAUAUAAAAUGAAAGAUGCUGUGUCUGUCGUAGAAAGUUCAAUGGGAAGAAUGGUGUGUUUGAAUUCAGAUUUUCGUUACACUCCAUCUCCGACAGAUUCUGAAAGUUCUCAAGAAGUUCAACAAAUUUUAGAAAAACCAUAUUGCGAACAUCAUUUUCAUGUAUCAGAGUCUCUCGGAUGGGCUGAACAAGAUAGUGUUUAUCCUCUACCAAAUGUUCAAAUAUCUUUGAAAACAUUAGCACCUCGUGUACAUACAUUAUUGGAUACUCAUCAAGGAUCAUUACCAUUAAAUAGUUUUUGCUUAUGUUACCUGGCAGAAUUUGGCCCAUUACCAAUAAUAGAAAAUGUGGAAAGUAAGCUGUCUCAAGAAACUAGUGCAGUUUCAUCAGAUGUUGAUGGUGGUAAUGAAAACUGUCAACAGCACGGUAGUGAAUCUCAAGGUGUUGGGAAAGGGGUACCAUUAGAACAUUUGAUAGCCUGUAUUCCUGGUGUUCAGAUUACCAAAUCAGUUUUAGCAAUUAAAAAAAUCCAGUGGUUAGAAAAUAAACCUUCAGAACAAGAAUAUUCUGGAAGAAAAGAUCAGCCUAGAGUGGUACUCAAACCUACUACUACUGCUUAUUGUGCAGAUGCAUUGCCAUUUACUCUACCUGAACCUCUUUUCAUUCUUCACUUCCAGAAUGGUUUUAGAUAUAACCAUGUAGCAUCUUCUGAAGAAGAAACAAUCAUAGGCAUUCCAAAGAGAGAACAAACUCCAGAAGAAAUAGAAAGAACAAAACAAUUUGCAGCCGAAGUCAUAGAGCUAUUUAGGCACGUUCCAAAUUGCUCUAUGCCAUUUAGUAAAUUCAUUCCUGCCUAUCACCACCAUUUUGGCAAGCAAUGUCGGGUAUCUGAUUAUGGCUUUUCAAAAUUAAUAGAACUCUUUGAAGCAAUUCCUGAUGUUUUAGAGGUUUGCGGAAUUGGUGAAGAAAAAGUCCUUAUGCUUACAGAACAAGAAAAACUAAAGGUAUUAGCUGACAGACUAGUAUCUAUUGUGCGAUCAUCGCCUCAGCAAUGUAUCUUGUUAGAUAAGCUAAUUAGCAUAUAUGCUAAUCAACAUGGUUACUCAUUGCGCUGUCAAGAAUUUGGUGCUUCAGAUAUACCCGAUCUUAUAUCUAAAUUGAGAAGCUCCUUAAAGAUACAGUUCAAUGAAAAACCAUUAGUAGUUCUUGUCGAUCGUGGUUUUGUUCAUCUUGUUUCUCUAAGAAUUAGAAGACUUUUGAUGGAAACUACAGAGGGAAAACUGAAAAUGGAAAAACUUAGUAAAUUAUACAAAGAGAGAUUUGGACAGCAUAUAAACAUAAUGAACAUGAAACAAGAUCUUGAAGAUGUUAUUAAAGUGGAAGAAGGUGUUGUUAAAUUGAUACCUCUUCUCAUGCUGUUUCGUGAUAUCCUUAUUUUGCUUCAUGAGAAUGGUGGUCAGUUGCCGCUACAAAAUUUUGAGUCACUAUUUCUGAAACGCUUUGGAGUUCCGUGUCGUCCUGCCCAGUAUGGUUUUCCGAGCAUAGCAACAAUGUUUAAUUCCCAACCCGAUUAUUUUGUUAUUCGUGGUCGAAGAAGUAAGAGAAUAAUAAUGGUAAACAGAGAAACUGCAGGAUCUCCACUGCCACCUGUUCUGUCUCGGGACAUUCAUAACUGUGGAGAUGACAACGUUCUGAAGAAGCGUAAAAGUGUGAAGAUGGACUGCCUAAGGAAAGAUUGCGAUUUGAUAAACAAAGUUCAAACUGGAGAAUUGCUACAGAUGAGGAAUUCUCCAGUGGACCUUCUGUGUCAGCCCAUCCCCAGCGGCGUUCCUUCUCCGGAAAUCCAGCCAGAGAAACAGAGUUUCCCCGACAGGGAUUUAAUGAGAUUCGAAUCGCCACUGCCGAUAGGACAGGAUGUCAUGACAGAAAUGUCCGAAAACGAAUGUCUGCGGCUGAAAACGCCUCCUCUGUGUCUGACUUCCGUUGUUCCCUCUCCUGUUCAAACUUUUCAGGGAUCUGUCAAAGGCGACGGUACGCUAGCAGCCCUCUUCUCUGAAAACCGGGCCUUCUCGGCUCCUCCGCCCCCCUUUGCAAGGUUUGCAGCCCCGCCUGGAUUUGGAACUCCAUCGGCCACUCCAAGUUUCCCACCCACCUAUCAAACUGUCUUUCAGUCUCCGCCAGCCUUUGCCUAUCUGGCCUCUCCUCCGGUCCACUCCUCCUCUUUCGAAGCACCUCGGCAGCACCCCCUAGCCUCCUCUCCUACGACCGCUCUGCCUUCCGUCGUCUCCUUUGGAUCAAUGCCCUCCUCUCUAUCUCCCACACACAAUUUUUCAUUUCCAGUCCAUGCCGGAUGCACCCCAUCUUUCCAACGUGGCUCUUCAGUUGCCAAUCUCUUGGCAUCAGAGGAGAGGGAGCGUUUAUCGUCCGACCGGACUCGUUCCGACUUCUUGUCCUAUGAAGAUCUAACAGAGACACACAGCAGCUCAACUGACAAUAGUCUGCCCAGCACUCAGAGCACCCCCACCAGAGGAUCAGCCAAAAGCAGACCACGGAGUCGUAUCGCCGCACACUUUACCACCCCCAUAAAAUCCAAUGGCCAUCUUUAACGCAAAAGAAUUAAAGGCAGUCCGUCUUCCUUCCUCUCCGGGCCAGAGCUUCACCCCACAGUAAAUUGCUCACAGAAGAGAGUUGUUUAAAGUGUAACAGAAAUUAACGAGAGUAAAAUAAUUAACAUUUUCCAUAGAA